AUGACUAGAGUAUCCUGUAAUAUUCUCUCCUCGCCUGCUGCUCCCUUUCCCCUUCUCCCAACCAGCACCACCGGCAUGCCUGAGGACGCGUUCUCACGAAUGGGCUGGAGAGGAGCCCAGCGUAUGGAAAGCAUCACCACCGGCAUGCCUGAGGACAUGACUCGCACGCAUGGGCUGGAGAGGAGCCCGGCGUUUGGAAAGCACGGCCCUGGGAUCAGCCCAGACAUUGGGUCGCACGGCCAGGAUACUAGUUUGGAAAUCGGGAGGACACAAGGACCUGGGCGUGGAUAUGAGGCUUCAACAGUGGAGGAGGUUGGGCCGGGUUUUAGGGCUUUAGCUGAAGGGGAGUCUGGGCCGGGGUGGGCGCAAGGACAGGGCGUGAGGGGCAUUGGGGAAGGAGGGGCGGGGGCUGGCCGGGCUGGUAGCGGCGUGGGGGCAGUUGAACGGGCAUUGGCGGAAAUGGAAGGCGAAAGUGCGCCUGGAGGGGGAGGUGGGAGGGUGAUGGGGAGAGGUGAGAUGAAAGGUCGUGGGAUUAGGGACGUUGGAACAGAGGAGCGUGGGAUGGGGGGUAGUGGGUUGGGAGGGAUUGGGAUGGUUCAAACCAUGGGGGGAGGACCGUUUGAACACGGGAGGGAGAGGGCGAGAGAGGUGGCAGAGGAAGGGGAGGGUGUGAUGAAGGGCGGGUAUGGUCAGGUGAAGGUAGGUGCAGGGAAGGCUGUGGAGGGGGCUGAAGGGAUGGUGACUAAAACGGGCGAGCAGGGGAUGAGGAUGGGGCAGGGUGUGAUUGAAACGGGGGAGAGUAUGGCGAAAUUGGGUCUGAGUGCUGCUGAGCGCGCUGCUGAGACAGGCGUGGGUGUGGCCAAGGGGGUUGCGGGUACAGGGUUUAGGGUUGCUGAUAGCGCGUUUGAAACUGGGAAGGGUUUAGGGGAGAAGGCUUUAAAAACGGGGAAGGAAGUGGGGGGGAGAGUGGCGGAGACGGCAGGGAGGUGGGUGCCUGGAAUGCCGUUUGGAGAGCAGGGGGAGGAGAGGACAGGAGAGGCGUUUGAGAGGGGGAGGGAGACUGCGAGGAGUGUGGGAGAAAGGGUGGAAGAGGGAGUGAGAGGGAUGGUUGGGAGUGGUGUUAGGACUGCUGAAUCUGCUGGGCGGUGGGUGACUGGGGUGGGAAGGCCUGGUGCGAGUGAAGAGGAGGGGAGAGGUGGGGUGAGUGCAGGGAAAGGUGGCGUGAGUGGAAUGGGAGGAACUGGUGAGAAGGGGCAGGAGCAGGAGGCAUACGGGAGGGGCAAGGAGGCUGUGAAGGGAGGUCUGGGGCAGGUGGAAGGGCAAGUGAGGGGAAUAGCUGGCUUGGGUUCCCGUGGUGGUGCUGGUGUUAGUACUGGUGGGGAGAGUGGCGGUGGGGUUGGUAUGAUGGGCGCUGGAGGAGGGGUUGGAAGCGGUGAGAGUGGGUGGGGAGGGGCGGGAGAGCGAGGAGAGCAGGCCGAGCGUGAAAUGCGGGCUAAAGAGCAAGAGCUCCGUCAAUCCGGCCGCCCAGAAAUGAUUGCAACCGAAGGGAAAGACACCCUCCCGCAGAAAGGCUAUGAAGCAGCUCAGGAGGGGGCGGAGAUCACGAGGCAGCAAGCCGGGGAGAUGGCGGGUCAAGCAGGGGAGGUGGUGGGACGUGUGCCGGAGAAAGGGAAGGAGCUGGGGGAAAAGGCGAUGGAAGUGGUGCAGGAAGCGGGGCAGGUGGGGAUGCAGCAGGCUAAGGAGGCGGGCUCGGUUGCUAGUCAGGUGAUUCGGCAAGCGUAUCGCAAGUGGAUGGGUGCUGUGGAGGAGGAGGGCGAGGAGGAGGAGGAGGAAGAGGGGGAGGUGGAGGAAGGAGCAGGGAGAGGUGCAGGGGUGGGGGAAGGUGGUGCUAUGGAGGGAGUCACAGGAACGCUUGCUGCUGGGUAUCACCAGGCGAUGGACGUGGCACAAGCAGGGCUGCAGACAGGGCAGCAGCUGGCAGGGGGAGCGGUGCAGCAGGCAAAGCACCUCGUUGUGCCCAUCCUCCCUGGUGGGGCGAGUGGAGCGGGUGUAGGAACGGGCGUGAGUGGUGUGAUGGGGCGCGGAACGGGCGUGAGUGGUGUGAUGGGGCGCGCAACGGUUGAGGAGCGUGCUCAGCGGGAGGCAUCGGCAUAUGAAGCAGGGAAGGAGCGCGUGAAAAGCGCUCUGGAGGGGAUUGUAGGGGGGACGGGGCGUGUGACAGGAGUGGGAGCACGAAUGGCAGGGACGGGCGGGAGUGGCACGGAGGGAGGGAGUGAAAUGCAGGGUGUGGAGUCUGGGGGGUAUGCAGGGAGAAUCCCUGGGGCAGGGCUUGUGACGGGUGUUGCUGAUGUGGCACGGCGCACCGUGGGGACCACAACUGACACGGCGAGAGGUGCUGCACAAACGGCAGGAGAUAUUGCAAGCAGGGCUGUGGGAACGACAACUGAAACUGCUGGGAGGGUGGUGGGAACAACAACGGAUACAGCGAGAGGCGUGGUUGGGAAGAUGGUGGGGAUGGGGGAGGAGGUGGCAGGGAGGGGGUAUGGAGCGGUGGAGGGCACAGUUGGAGGAGUGAUGCAGGGUGUAAGGCGAAUGACUGGACUGGGUGGGAAAGGGGGAGUUGUGCAGGGUGAAAUGGGGAGGGAGGGAGUGGGCAUGGGAGAGGGUGGGAUGGAGGGGAUGGGUAGGGGAGAGGGCGGGAGGGAGGGCGUUAUGGGUACAGUGAAAGGUGUGGGGGAGCAAGUGAAACACUUGGUGCUGGGAGGGGAGCGAGGUGGGAUGAUGGAAGGUGGGGGGCUGACUGCUGAAGGGAAGGAGAUGAGGGAGAGGAUGGAGCAGAUGGAGAGAGAGAGGGAGGAGGAGAGUGCGAGGGAGAGAGGAAGGAAGCAGGCGUAUGCCGUGCUGCACGGUGCAGAGGAGUGGGUGGAGGGGACAGUGAGUCAUGUGGCCGGGGUGCUGACUGGGGGGCUGAUUGGAGGGAAGGGGCAUGGGGUUGGGGAGGAAACGAGGGGGAGGGAGGGUGGGGAGGGAAUGGGGACGACGAUGCAGGGAUUGGUGCAGGGCGGAAGGAAGGGGGAAGGUAUGGGGAAAGGCGUGGGGGAAGGCAUGGGGGGAGGGGGAAGCGGAGUUAUAGGGGGAGAGGUGGAAAUGGGGGAGGAAGUUUCUGGUAAGCCUACUGAGGGGAGCAAAGGAAUUCUGGGCAGUGCAGUAGGGGCGGUGCAGAGUGUAGUGGGUGGUACUGCUGACGUGGCAAAGCACGCUGCUGAGUCAGCUCUGGGAGUUACCAAAGCUGUGGGGGGAGCGGUGGUGGGGGCAGGGGGGAGUGCGCUGGGGAUGGGGCAGAGAGGAGUGCAGCAGGGGGUUGAAGGGGUGGGGAGCGGUCUUGAGUAUGCAGGGGAGGGCCUGGCGGCAGGGUAUGGGGGAGCAAAGCAGGGUGUGCAGAGUGGGUAUGAAGGGACGAGGCAGGGAGUAGCAGCAGGUUAUGAAGGGGUGAGUGGGGGCGUGACAGGGCUGGUGGAGCGGGCAAAGCACCUGGUGGGGCUGGGAGGGGCUCCUGGUGAGGGCGAGGUGGAAGGAACGGGUGAGGCAAUGGGCAAGAGGGUGGGUGAGCGCAUGGGUGAGUUGAGAGAGAGUACCACACCCGGAGGGAUGGCAGGGCGAAGGGAGGAGGAGAGUGCUGCAGAGAAGGGCAGGCAUGCGGUGCUGUCGGUGCUGGAAGGAGCCGAGAGGACGGCUGUGGGUGCUGUGAGCACGCUCACUGGAGGGCUCAUUGGUGGGGGAGCAGGGGGUGACCACGCACACACUGAGCGAGCCUCUGCUACUGGUGUUGGUAGUGUUAGCAGUGCUGCUGGUACUGGUGGUUAUGUUGGUGGGGCUGGGGGCGUGGCAAGGCAUCAGGCAGCAGCAGGGAUGCCUGUGUCUGCAGCAGGGGAGGGGGAGGCUAGUGCAAUGGUGUCUGGGCCAGGGGGAAAGGUGGCAGCAGUGGGGACAGCGGAAACAGUGGAGGAGGCAGCACGUCCAGUCAUGGAGCCAGGCGCGUGA